GAAACGGUGGGGCUUUCUUUGUUUUGGGGGAAUUCACCCUUCUGAAUUUUGAGAGAGAGAGAGACAGUGAAAGCAGGGAGAAAAAGAAAUUAACACCGCAGGCUCACCGAAUGCCGCUUGCAGAUUCCUCUUAUCACUAGGAAGAGAGUUCACGGUGUCUUGCUCCAUUUCGUGGCUGAGAGGAGAAUGUGGAAUUUCCUUGGGUGCUUCAGUUUUACGAGCUUGCCCUAAUUUUGCCUGCUUUUCUCUAUUGGUGGCUACAAUGAGUUUGCCUCUACCUUGCCUUUGGAUUAUUUUGUGCCAUUGAGGAGUCCCCCCGCCGUCAGAAUGAAUUAAAACGAUGCACUGAUCUUCCUCCAUUGUAGAAUAAUGUGGUUAGUCCUAAGGAAAGCCACUGGAAUUUACAGUCUUGCUGGUCCUCCACAAGGAUAUAGAAGUUCUACACAAUGGCAAAAGACAAAUUAGUUGAAACGAUCGAUACGUGACUUGUUCUGUCUUUAAAAGCAGACCGCCAAGUCGUUUCUCGGGAUGCCAGUGCUGCCAGCUGGAUGCUCAAGCCGGCAGCUCUUCUUAAACCUGGAGUCUUCUUGGAGUGCAUUUUUUGAAGAGUUCCGCGAACAUCGCUAUCCAUGGUGUCUGCCCUUCUCAAACGACUUCCGUCUUACAUACUGAAGCUUUGCAAAGGAAUGUUCACAAAGAAAUUGGUCACUACGACGAAAAAGAAAGAGAGCAGUGAAAAUAAAAAGGAGCAAAAGUCGACCCUGGCUGGUCCGGUACGGAACCAGACCUUUUCUACAACCCUAAAAAGCACCGUUAAAAAAAUUGCCAAGUGUUCAUCUGCGCGGAACCUGUCAACCGAAGAAGAAGAAGGGAAAACUGAUUUUUCUCUUUCCCCUACCUUUAGCUAUCGAGUGGCAAUCGCAAAUGGGCUCCAAAAGAACCUCUUGUUAGCAAACAAUAAUGAGAGUCUGCUUCAUGAGGUGUUGUCCAUCGAUAGCAACUACUCUGAGUCGUUGAGUGAAAUCAGGUUUACCUAUAGAAUUGAUGAGCAAAAAUCCCUAACGAUGCCCGUGAGAAGGAACAGGAAGAGCCUGAGCAGCCUCACCGCUUCCGAUGGAAGCUCAGAAGGAGAAAGGACCCUCCAUACCCUACGAUUGGGCGCCCUCCGCAAGUUAAGGAAGUGGAAGAAAAGUCAAGAAUGUGUCUCUUCUGAUUCCGAGGUGAGCAAUUGGAAGAAGACACUGGGUCUGAGGAGCAAAUCCUUGGACAGAACCGGACGGCAGCAGCGGACAUCCACUCUGGAGCCUGGUUUCAGCUCCACGGGCUGCAUUAGCCAGACCCAUGAUGUCAUGGAAAUGAUCUUCAAGGAACUGCAGGGAAUCAGUCAAAUCGAAACAGAACUCUCUGAGUUGCGGGGACAUGUCAAUGCCCUCAAGCAAUCCAUUGACGAGAUCUCGAGCAGCGUAGAGGUUGUACAAAGUGAAAUUGAGCAACUACGGUCUGGUUUUGUACAGUCCAGGAGGGAAACUCGGGAUAUACACGAUUAUAUCAAACAAAUUAGUCAUUCGGAUAGCAAAGUGAGUUUACGAUUUCUGAACGUGCCUGAGGACAAAUACGAGCAGACGGAAAUUGUAAUUUACCACAUCUUGAAGGACAAAAUGGGUUUUUCGGACGCACAAAAGACAAUUAAAAUUGAGUUUGCCCAUCGGUUGGGCCAACAAAGGGAAUGCCCAAAUGCCAAGCCCCGUCCCAUCAUAGUGAUAUUUGCAAGCUUACAGGAUCGAGAUUUAGUCUUAAAGAAAUGUUACAAAUUGAAAGGUACUGGAAUAACGGUCUCUACCGAUAGCCUGGCUCACGACACAAGAGAAAGGAAAGACAGGGGGAUGACUUCCUCUCAGACGUACGAAAGCAUGAACAUUAAGUUGUCGCUGCCGGAGAAAAUCGAGCAGGACGACUGGGACUCCUUGGACAGUGAUAAGGAUUUGGAUGCGGACUUUACUCAAAACAAAUAUGCAAUCAUCUCUAAAGCCCCAGUUAAAAGUAAGAAGGAAAAAAAGAAGUCGAGUGCCGAGUCUUGCGACAGUAAACCACGUCCCAGAACGGUGGACGGAAGCACUUUUUCAAAUGCAGCCUUGUACGCCGAUGACAACUUCCAGUCGCCGGGUUUUGAAGGCCUUGAGAAGCAAACGAAGCAUUAUUACAGUGACAUUACUCCCAUCUGGCUGUCACAAAGCGACUAUUCGACUCCCAAACUUAGCCGAUCCGAGUCCGAUUUUUCAAAGCUGUGUCAGUCGUACUCGGGAGAUUUUUCGGAGAGCCAGUACUUCACACGAGCCAAUGGCUGCUCAUUGAUGUCUUCCUCGGACAGGGAGCUGUGGCAGAGAAAGCAAGAAGACAUGGCCUCCUCCUGGUAUGCCAGUCCACCGAGCCAAAAUCUCAGUCAGGAGAACCAGCCAGAGAUUGAACCGAAUGAAGCCGAGAACACGGAGACAGUUGACAGUGGGGUCAGCAACGGUCUGGUGUGCAUAUCAGGAGAUAGGAGCCAUUACAGCGAUUCUCAGCUCUCUUUACAAGGUGACCUGUCACCAUGGAAAGACUGGCAUCACUUGGAGCAAGGAGCGGAUUCUGGCCUAGAUGCUUCAACCCAACAAAACCUGGCCUCUGAAGUGAACAGUCCAUUUGAUCAAUGCCUAGCAGGUUUUCCAGAGAAUAUAAUAAAGUGCCAAGAAAUUGACCUUCAGUUUGAGGGAGAAAACUACAUGACCCUUGGUAGCAAUUCUUCAGCUGGUGCGGACUUUGAUAAUGGGCCAUCAGGCCAGCUAGAUACCCAGAGUGACCCUUACUCGGACUCCAAUGUAAGCAGUUUUUAUCAAACCCAAAACAGAUCCUCAAUCAUUUAUCGGAGUCAGAGUGAGAUACACAGUGACAAUUCCGAGGCAGCUCCCCCCAAAUCGUGGCACAGCAGACUAAGCAUCGACCUCACAGAUAAAACGUUCAGUUUCCCAAAGUUUGGAUCCACCCUUCAGCGUGCCAAGUCUGCCCUGGAAGUGGUCUGGAACAAAAGCACACAGAGCCUCGGUGCCAACGAGGAGGGUAACUCUACCGGCAACUCCACGUUCAUGGGGCGGUUUAGGACUUUGUCACAAUCCACAGCUAACGACUCCAGCACAACCAUCAAUUCGGAUGUUUACAUUGAGCCGUACUAUUAUAGGGCAGAUGAAGAAGAAUACGGGGAGCAAGCGGUAGACAACGAAACCAACUACAUGGAAGUUAUGGAGAAGGUACUUGCAAAACUGGAGAACAGAACCAACGCUAAUGAAACCGAGGAGCAGUAUCUAAACUAUGAGGCCUCCAAUGACGUCAGUUUAGUGUUAGAGUACGACUGCAGCCUUGACGAGCAGUACGACGAACAAUAUGAUAUCCAGUAUGACAACAGCGAGAUUCUGGACGACACUCCUGAAUGCGAGUCCUCGGUUAUUUCUGAUGAGAAAGAAGAUGAAAAUCAAAACCUACCCAUCGAGCCCGAAGAGACCCAACCAGUAAAGAAAAUCCGGCCGACCUUUAAAGAAGUGGCGCUGAGGGCCUACAGAAAGCAAAUCGCCGAGCUGGAAGAGCGCAUCCUUGCUGGAGAUAGCAGUGCUUUGGAUAAACAGGCACGAUUAGCAAGCGGAAAUGCUUUGGACACAUCAAAACUUUACGGGCUGCAGGCCACCGGAGGGCCUGGCAGUAUACUUUAUGGUAUUGACAGCAUGCCAGAUUUACGCCGAAAAAAGACAAUGCCCAUCGUUCGAGACUUGACUCUGGCUGCUCGAAAGGCAGGCAUUUCAUUUGCCUUGGUCACCCGGACCACCUUGAACAAUGAGGAGCUGAAGGUGCACGUCUUCAAGAAAACAUUGCAGGCCUUAAUUUACCCCAUCUCCUCCACCACACCCCAUAACUUUGAAGUCUGGACGGCCACCACGCCCACGUACUGCUAUGAAUGUGAGGGUCUGCUGUGGGGCAUCGCUCGGCAGGGGAUGCGCUGCACCGAAUGUGGUGUCAAGUGCCAUGAAAAGUGCCAGGACCUCCUGAACGCCGACUGCCUGCAGCGUGCCGCAGAGAAAAGUUCUAAGCAUGGAGCGGAAGACAAAACACAGAACAUCAUCAUGGCAAUGAAGGAGCGCAUGAAGAUCAGAGAGAGGAACCGGCCUGAGGUGUUUGAGCUGAUUCAGGAAAUGUUCCAGAUACCAAAGGAGGACUUUUCACAGCAUAUGAAAACUGCCAAGCAGAGUGUGUUGGACGGCACGUCAAAGUGGUCUGCCAAAAUAACUAUUACAGUGCUAUGCGCCCAGGGCUUACAAGCCAAGGACAAGACGGGCUCCAGUGAUCCUUAUGUGACGGUCCAAGUCGGCAAAACCAAAAAAAGAACUAAGACUAUCUUUGGAAACCUCAAUCCAGUUUGGGAUGAAAAAUUCCACUUUGAAUGCCACAACUCGUCUGACCGAAUAAAGGUGAGAGUCUGGGAUGAGGAUGACGACAUCAAAUCUCGUGUUAAGCAGCAUUUCAAAAAGGAGUCGGACGAUUUCCUUGGGCAGACCAUCAUAGAAGUGAGAACGCUGAGUGGGGAGAUGGACGUCUGGUACAAUUUAGAAAAACGGACUGAUAAAUCUGCAGUGUCUGGUGCAAUCCGGUUAAAAAUUAGCGUUGAAAUGAAGGGAGAAGAAAAGGUUGCCCCCUACCACGGGCAAUACACAUGUUUACAUGAGAACUUGUUCCAUCAUUUGACUGAAGUUAAAAAUGGCGGAGCUGUAAAAAUACCAGAAGUUAAAGGAGAUGAAGCAUGGAAGGUGUACUUUGAGGACACAGCCCAAGAAAUUGUGGAUGAAUUUGCAAUGCGCUACGGAAUUGAAUCCAUCUAUCAAGCCAUGACGCAUUUCUCCUGCCUUUCGUCUAAGUAUAUGUGUCCUGGAGUCCCCGCUGUGAUGAGUACCCUGCUGGCGAACAUCAAUGCCUUUUAUGCUCACACCACGGCCACAACGAAUGUUUCUGCUUCUGAUCGCUUCGCUGCCUCUAACUUUGGCAGGGAGAAAUUUGUGAAACUCUUGGAUCAGUUGCACAACUCGCUGAGGAUCGACUUAUCGAAAUACCGGGACAAUUUCCCGGCCAGCAAUCCAGAAAGACUUCAGGAUUUGAAAUCAACUGUGGAUCUUCUCACUAGCAUCACCUUUUUUAGAAUGAAGGUGUUGGAACUCCAGAGCCCUCCUCGGGCAAGCAUGGUGGUGAAGGACUGUGUACGAGCGUGUCUGGAUUCAACUUAUAAAUACAUCUUUGAUAACUGUUAUGAUCUUUACAACCAGCUUCUUGAUCAAGCAAAGAAACAAGACGUUCCACGAGAGGAACAGGGGCCGAGCAUCAAAAAUCUGGAUUUCUGGCCGAAUCUCAUUACCCUCAUGGUCUCCGUCAUCGAUGAGGACAGAACGGCGUACACACCUGUCCUGAACCAGUUUCCUCAAGAGCUUAACAUGGGAAAAGUUAGUGCUGACAUUAUGUGGAGUCUAUUUUCCCAAGAUAUGAAGUAUUCCCUGGAAGAGCAUGAAAAGCAUCGCCUAUGCAAAAGUACAGAUUAUAUGAAUUUGCACUUCAAAGUGAAAUGGUUCUAUAAUGAAUAUGUUCGGGAUUUACCUGCCGUCAAAGAGGCCGUUCCAGAAUAUUCGCUGUGGUUUGAACCCUUUGUCAUUCAAUGGCUGGAUGAGAAUGAAGAUGUUUCGAUGGAAUUCCUGCAUGGAGCCCUGGAGAGAGACAAAAAGGAUGGGUUCCAGCAAACGUCAGAGCAUGCCCUCUUCUCUUGCUCUGUUGUGGAUGUCUUCACGCAGCUUAACCAAAGUUUUGAGAUUAUCAAGAAGCUGGAAUGUCCCAAUCCUGAGGCGUUAGCACAUUUUAUGAGACGUUUUGCCAAGACCAUUAACAAAGUGCUACUCCAGUAUGCUGCAAUCGUAUCCAAAGACUUCAGCGCCUACUGCUCCAAGGAGAAAGUGCCAUGUAUCCUGAUGAACAAUAUUCAACAGCUGAGGGUGCAACUAGAGAAGAUGUUUGAGUCUAUGGGUGGAAAACAGCUGGAUGCAGAGGCCAGUGACUGCCUGAAGGAACUGCAGAUUAAGCUAAACGCCGUCCUCGAUGAGUUAAGCAACGUUUUUGGUGUAAGUUUCCAGCCUGUCAUUGAAGAUUGUGUGAAGCAGAUGAACCAGGAGCUGAGUCAGAUGAAAGGCAACGGCGCAGCAAACAAAAGUCAUGCAGCCAUGGAUGCAGAAACAGUCCUGAGGCCUCUCAUGGACCUGCUGGAUAAAAAUCUCAUGCUGUUUGCCAAAAUCUGUGAGAAGACUGUCCUGAAGAGAGUUCUGAAGGAACUGUGGAAGAUCGUCCUGAACACAAUCGAAAAGCAAAUCGUCUUGCCUGCUUUUACGGACCAAACGCAGGGACCUCAGAUGAUUUUUAUUGCUGCAAAGGAUUUAGGACAAUUAUCCAAGUUGAAGGAGCAUGUCAUCAAAGAAGAAGCAAGAAGUUUAACACCAAGACAGUGUGCUGUCAUGGAAGUUGUGCUGCCAACAAUUAAGCAAUACUUUCAUGCGGGCGGAAAUGGACUCAAGAAGACUUUCCUGGAGAAAAGCCCCGAUCUGCAGUCUUUGAGAUACGCUCUUAGCCUCUACACACAAACUACUGAUGCCUUGAUCAAGAAAUAUAUAUGCACACAGAAAACCCAAGGUCAGUCUGCCAGUGCAUCAUUGGGUGAAAUAUCCAUUCAUGUGGAUCUUCUAACUCACCCUGGUACAGGGGAGCACAAAGUCACAGUUAAAAUUGUAGCAGUGAAUAACAUAAACUGGCAAACAAACACAAUGUUCCGUCCGUUUGUGGAAGUCACCGUCAUGGGCCCGAACCUCAGCGACAGAAAACGCAAGUUCAGUACAAAAACGAAAAGCAACACUUGGUGCCCCAAGUAUAAUGAAACAUUCCUCUUCGUUCUCAGUAAUGAAGAUGGACCCGAGGCCUACGAACUUCACCUGUCUGUAAAGGACUAUUGCUUUGCCAGAGAGGACCGUAUCAUUGGUAUGACUGUUAUCCAGUUAAAGGACUUAGUAGAAAAGGGCAGCUGUGCAUCCUGGUAUCCUCUGGUUAAAAGCAUCUCGAUGGAUGAAACUGGACUCACGAUCCUGAGAAUACUUUCCCAGAGGACCAACGAUGACGUGGCCAAAGAGUUUGUCCGCCUCAAGUCGGAUUCACGUUCUCCCGAGGAGUCGGUUGAAAAUAGCAGCAGGAGCAAGUGAAAAGUGAGGUGAAGUUCUCCGGUCUGUUUAGUGCAUGUGUGUAAACAUCUGUUGGAAUGUUCAAUUUGAAAUAAGUGCAAGUGUUUACCUAUAAUUAGUACCUGCUGUAUUCUCCGAGUCAUGUUACGAAAACUUAAGAAAAAAAAAACACUUUUUUUGUACAAAUUAUAGUCUUCUUGGACAGAUAACUGUUCAGAUAAAGUGCCAAACCAGAACAAAAAAACAAAAAAAAUGGAAUCCUUGGUAUCUUUUAGAAAUCUGCUUGACUAUUUUCGUACAAAGUGUUUUAUUCAUUUGAGUACUGCUGAUGGUUGAAAAGAUCGUUUCCAUUUGCACAGCUGUGUGUCAAAGAGUCGGACACCGCGUCCCGUUCUGUGCAUGCCCUCCUCCCAGUUCACCAUUACCAUCGGCGUGGGUCAGACCCCCCCCUUCCCCUUUUUGUACUUGGUGCUCGCCUAACGAGACGUUUUCUAAUAUGGCGACGACUGCUACAAUUCAGUAUGUGAUGGGUGUUUGUAAUCUUUUGUACUCCUCUUUUUUUUUUUUUUGGAUUCUUCCUCUCGGUUUUCUGCGCAUCUGAAAAUAAUCGGUGAGAAUGGCAUACUGUCAGACGGUCUCUUGUGUGUCCUUUGGCUUCUGGCCUUCUUGAAUUAUCACUGUGAAGAUCCAUUCUGAAGUCAAGCUUUCACAACACAGCUAACAGAUCUCGUCAUUUCAUCCGAAAAUAACUGCCAAAGUCAACGACAAUGUUCGUAAUGGGGGAUAGAAAAUAUCAACCCGUUAUCUGUGUGAGGAAGCGUAUUCAUGUCUGUUCCGUGUUUUUCUGUUUUCGUUUUCUUUUUCGUUUUUCUUACAGCUACAUUACUGGUCGUGGAUGAUUUGGGUUACAAAAAUCUUCUAUUUUUUUUGACCGGUGUGAAGCUAUUCGACUGUUUUAAAAGUUGUCAAAUGUUGCUUUACUUAUUUGCUACUUUUCUUUAAGCUGUUUUACAUAUUUUAUUUAAAUAAAGAGAAGAAGAAGAAUAUAAAUAAAAAGAAGCUAAACAUUUGCUAAUUAUGCAACAUUUCUAUGUAUUGCACUGAUGGCGAAUUGUAUGUCAUGUAAAUAUACUGUACUUAGUGACAAAUUAUAAAUGUUGCCUGACUGCC